AUGGAUCUCCUCGACGAGCUCGAUACCAUAGCCCGGUUGGCCGCCACACACUCAGAAGACACCGAGCCGACCUCUGACGACUCUCUCUUCGGCUACACCUACUUCGAAGCCGCGCAGAAGAUGCAGGAGCACCGGUCCCACUUUGCGCGCUGGCAGGCGUCUGAAAAUCACUGGGAGAUGGUCCGCGCAGACCAGGAGGCCCAAGGGCACGACAAGGAGUCGUAUGAGUAUUCUUACACCCUUUCCCCGAUCCAGUCACCGGCGGCUGCCGCCUCGCAGACCAAAAAGAAGGCCAGGCCCGCGACCUACCUCCUCAAGCUGGAAGGCCCCUUCUCCGACCCCGAGACUGUGAAGCGGGCCGGAGGCGUCUCCGCCGCACCUCCCUCCCGGCUCAUCGGCAUUGACGACACCGGCGCCGCGGCCUCCUUCUGCAAGGUUGGCGAGGCGACCAAGAAGUCUCUCCUCACCCAGCUCUCCCGGAUCGGGUCAUCUUUCCAGCCCACCUUCUACCCCGUCUGGUACUUCUUCUACGAGACCCUGGCCGACCCAGCCGUCCUGAAGAGCCGUCUCGGUGUCGAGCCGGUCUACCACCCCGCCAAGACUCGCGGCGGCGUCCUGACCACCUGGGGCGGCAAGUACAGGGCCUUGGUUGACGGGCCGGCCUACGGGACGGGACCGUGGAGGGCCAUGCCUUUCUUGUCGCCGACAAGGACCAGGAGGAUGCGCUCCGGUGCUACGAGACAGACAACUACGAAAGUCGUCCGGUGCGUGAUCGAUAUGGGUGAGGGCGAGGAAGUCAGGGGGCUCACGUUCCGGUUCAUCGGGGACGCUGAUGCCUGA